AUUUUACACUUCCUGUUACUAACCAUCAUGUCGUGGUCUGAGGGUGUGAACUCCACCCUGAACCUUCACUCCAACACCACCUCCCCCCUGUUCUGCACCAACCUGUACGACCACCGGCCCGUCGCCCGCGUCCUCAUGUCUCUCCACUACACCCUGGUCUUUAUACUCGGCCUCCUAGGUAACGCCCUGGCACUACACAUCAUCAGACCCAACCUGGCCCAGAUCAACUCUACCACGCUCUACUCUGCCAACCUGGCCGCCUCCGACGUCCUCUUCACCCUGGCCCUGCCGCUGAGGAUAACCUACUACGCUCUAGGUCAGUGAUACUGUCAGUGAUACUCAACUACUACACCCUAGGUCAGUGAUACUGUCAGUGAUACUCAACUACUACACCCUAGGUCAGUGAUACUGUCAGUGAUACUCAACUACUACCUGUCAGUGAUACUCAACUACUACACCCUAGGUCAGUGAUACUGUCAGUGAUACUCAACUACUACACCCUAGGUCAGUGAUACUGUCAGUGAUACUCAACUACUACACCCUAGGUCAGUGAUACUGUCAGUGAUACUCAACUACUACGCUCUAGGUCAGUGAUAAUCAACUACUACGCUCUAGGUCAGUGAUACUGUCAGUGAUACUCAACUACUACCCUAGGUCACUGAUACUGUCAGUGAUACUCAACUACUACGCUCUAGGUCAGUGAUAAUCAACUACUACGCUCUAGGUCAGUGAUACUGUCAGUGAUACUCAACUAACUACGCCCUAGGUCCCUGAUACUGUCAUGAUACUCCCCCCCAACUACUACUCUCUAGGUCAGUGAUCCUGGGCAGUGAUACUCAACUACUACGCCCUAGGUCACUGAUACUGUCAGUGAUACUCAACUACUACGCUCUAGGUCACUGAUACUGUCAGUAUACUCAACUACUACGCCCUAGGUCAGUGAUACUCAAAUGGCGGCCCGUGGGCCACAUCCGUUUAAAAAUAGUUUGGAAGUAGUUUAAACAAACAACUAGAAGCAGAUAGAAGGUAUGUAGAAAUGAUACAGUGCCUGCAGAAAGUAUUCACACCCCUUGACUUAUUCCACAUUUUCUUGUGUUACAGCCUGAAUUCAAAAUGGAUUCAAUAUUUUUUCCCCACCCAUCUACACACAAUACCCCAUAAUGACAAAGUGAAAACAUGUUUGUAGAAAUGUUUGCUAAUAUAUUGAAAAUGAAGAAAUAUCUCAUUUGCAUAAGUAUUCACACCCGAGUCAAUACUUUGUAGAAUCACCUUUGGUGGCGAUUACAACUGUGAGUCUUUCUGGGUAAGUCUAAGAGCUUUGCACACCUGGAUUGUACAAUAUUUGCCGAUUAUUAUUUUUAAAAUUCUUCAAGGUCUGUCAAAUUGAUUGUUGAUCAUUGAUAGACAGCCAUUAUCAAGUCUUGCCAUAGAUUUUCAAGCUGAUUUAAGUCAAAAUGGUAACUAUGCCACUCAGGAACAUUCAAUGUCGUCUUGGUAACCAACUUCAGUGUAGAUUUGGCCUUGUCUUUUCGGUUAUUGUCCUGCUGAAAGGUGAAUUAAUCUCCCAGUGUCUGUUGGAAAGCAGACUGAACUAAGUUUUCCUCUAGGAUUUUGCCUGUGCUUAGCUCUUCCAUUUCUUUUUAUCCCAAAAUACUCCCUAGUCCUUGCCGAUGACAAGAAUACCCAUAACAUGAUGGGGCAACCACCAUGCUUGAAAAUAUGAAGAGUGGUACUCAGUGAUGUGUUGUGUUGGAUUUUCCCCAAACAUAACGCUUUGUAUUCAGGACAUAAAGUUAAAUUUUUGGCCACAUUUUUUGUAUUAUUACUUAAGUGCCUUGUUGCAAAAAGGAUGCAUGUUUUGGAAUAUUUGUAAUAUGUACAGGCUUCCUUCUUUUCAAUCUGUAAUUUAGGUUUGUAAUGUGGAGUAACUACAAUGUUCUUGAUCCAUCCUCAGUUCUCAUAUCACAACCAUUCAACUCUAACUGUUUUUAAAUCACCAUUGGCCUCAGGGUGAAAUCCCUGAGCGGUUUCCUUCCUCUCUGGCAACUGAGUUAGGAAGGAUGCCUGUAUCUUUGUAGUGAUUGGGUGUAUUGAUACACUGGGUGUAUUGAUACACUAUCCAAAAUGUAAUUAAUAACUUCACCAUGCUCAAAGGGAUAUUCAAUGGCAUUGAAAAACUUCCCUGGUCUUUGUGGUUGAAUAUGUGCUUGAUAUGUAUUACUCGAUUGAGGGACCUUACAAAUAAUUGUGUGUGGGGUACAGAGAUGGGGUAGUCAUUCAAAAAUUAUGUUAACCACUAUUAUUACAUUUACGUCAUUUAGCAGACGCUCUUAUCCAGAGCGACUUACAAAUUGGUGCAUUCACCCUAUAGCCAGUGGGAUAACCACUUUACAAUAUGUUUUUUAUUUUAUUUAUUUUUUAUUUUUUUAGAAGUAGAAGGAUUACUUUAUCCUAUCCUAGGUAUUCCUUAAAGAGGUGGGGUUUCAAAUGUCUCCGGAAGGUGGUGAGUGACUCCGCUGUCCUGGCGUCGUGAGGGAGCUUGUUCCACCAUUGGGGUGCCAGAGCAGCGAACAGUUUUGACUGGGCUGAGCGGGAACUAUGCUUCCGCAGAGGAAGGGGAGCCAGCAGGCCAGAGGUGGAUGAACGCAAUGCCCUCGUUUGGGUGUAGGGACUGAUCAGAGCCUGAAGGUACAGAGGUGCCGAUCCCCUCACAGCUCCAUAGGCAAGCACCAUGGUCUUGUAACAGAUGCGAGCUUCAACUGGAAGCCAGUGGAGUGUGCGGAGGAGCGGGGUGACGUGAGAGAACUUGGGAAGGUUGAACACCAGACGGGCUGCGGCAUUCUGGAUGAGUUGUAGGGGUUUAAUGGCACAGGCAGGGAGCCCAGCCAACAGCGAGUUGCAGUAAUCCAGACGGGAGAUGACAAGUGCCUGGAUUAGGACCUGUGCCGCUUCCUGUGUAAGGCAGGGUCGUACUCUCCGAAUGUUGUAGAGCAUGAACCUGCAGGAUCGGGUCACCGCCUUGAUGUUAGCGGAGAACGACAGGGUGUUGUCCAGGAUCACGCCAAGGCUCUUCGCACUCUGGGAGGAGGACACAACGGAGUUGUCAACCGUGAUGGCGAGAUCAUGGAACGGGCAGUCCUUCCCCGGGAGGAAGAGCAGCUCCGUCUUGCCAGGGUUCAGCUUGAGGUGGUGAUCCGACAUCCAUACUGAUAUGUCUGCCAUGUCUGAUAUGUCUGCCAGACAUGCAGAGAUGCGAUUCGCCACCUGGUUAUUGAACAUGGAAGGAGUCCAUGCAACUUAUUAUGCGAUUUGUUAAGCACAUUUCUACUCCUGAACUUAUUUAGGGUUGCCAUAGCAAAGGGGUUGAAACUAAUUUACUCAAGACAUUUCAGCUUUUCAUUUUUUAUUAAUUUCAAAAAAUGUCUACAAACUAAAUUCCACAGUGACACAAAAUCUAAAUUUAAUCCAUUUUGAAUUCAGGCUGUAACACAAUAAAAAUGUGGGGAAAAUAAAAAGGGGUGUGAAUACUUUCUGAAGGCACUGUAUGUUUUUAAAUUUAGGUGAAUAAUGUCAACGCAGACAUUUUUUCUGAGAGACAGGUCCACCCAGAUCCCUGUAGCCCUGGCCUCUUGUUAUGUUCCAGAAGUGGACUAACCUCUCUUGGUAAUCUUUGAGUCUCCCUGCCUCUGCCCCUAGGUUUCCACUGGCCCCUGGGGGAGACCCUGUGUCGGGUCACUGCCCUUCUGUUCUACGUCAACACCUACGCAGGGGUCAACUUCAUGACCUGCCUGGCCAUAGACCGCUUCGUAGCCGUGGUUCUCCCUCUACGCUACACCAGGCUCUGCCGGGCCCGGACGGUCCGCUACGUCUGCCUAGGGGUGUGGGUUCUAGUCCUGGUCCAGACGUUACCACUCCUCUCCAUGACCAUGACCCGGGCCGAGCCGGAUGGGACCACCACCUGCAUGGAGUACCCCAACUUCGAGAACGGGGCCGUGGAGGGACUCCCCUACGUCCUCAUUGGAGCCGUCGUCAUGGGAUAUGGCGUUCCCGUUGCGACCAUCCUGUGUUGCUACUUGGUGUUGCUAUGGAAGCUGCGGUUGGCGGCGAGGAGUGGGGUCGGUGGGCGAGGUCACAGGUCAUUGAGGAGCCAGAAGGCGAUGGGGGUGAUAGCAGGGGUGGUGUUGGUGUUUGUAGUGUGUUUCAGUCCCUAUCACAUCAACAUCCUGCAGUAUAUGAUCAGAAAGAUGAGAUACACACCAGAUUGCACUGAGCUUCAGGCCUUUCAGGUAGUUAUCUCCACACCAGUAGAGGCUGGUGGGAGGAGCUAUAGGAGGACGGGCUUAUUGUAAUGGCUGGAAUGGAAUUAAUGGAACGGAGUCAAACAUGUGGUUUCCAUUUGUUUGACGUGUUCUAUUCAUUCCAUUCCAGUCAUUACAAUGAGCCCUUCCUCCUACAGCGCCUCCUACCAGCCUCCAUGGACACACACUUCGUUGUGCGCACACACACAGACAUAGGCCUAUCUGUUAAUAUCACUGUCUUUUUGUGUGUGUGUGUGUGUUGAGCAUGAAAUUGUGUAUUUAAGCGUGUGUGCAAUGCAUCUCCUUUAGUUUGUCCAUCUCCAAUCCACGUGUGACCGACUCCUCCACCUCCACUAAUCUCUCUCUCCCCUCCUCCUCCCCCUCCCCUCCCUCCAGAUGUCUCUACACUUCACUGUGUGUCUCAUGAACCUCAACUGCUGCCUGGACCCCUUUGUCUAUUUCUUCGCCUGUAAGGGCUACAAGAGGAGGGUGUUGAAGUUGUUGAGGGUUCAGGUCAGUGCCUCCUUCUCCAGCGUGGUCCGAAUCGGGGAGGACACCUCCUUCACACGGGGGGAGACCCAGGUUGGGAGGAGCAGGAUGAGGCUGGGUAGCCGCACAGCUAGUCCUGUUGCUUUAGAUGAUGCUACCAAUAUCAUUACUGGGCCAGAGACUGAGACAGGAGCCAGAGUCAGAGACUGA